AUGCUGUUUGUUGCUCUCGUCGCCAUUGCUGGCGCCACCACCGUCGUCGCGCAGUCGACUGUCGCCUGUAAGAUGACUGUGGCUAAAUUCAACGAUAACUCUACCUGCGAGGACUUUGCCAACCAGUACAACCUGAACCUGAGCCAGUUCGAGGCUAUCAACCCCAACGUGACUACCUGCCCAGACCUGCCCACUGGCGACUACUGCAUUGUUGGAACUGCAGAUGCCACGUAUAUUGCCCCCAAGCAGAGUACAAACACCACGUUCAUUUCGUACGUCAGCGGAGCAGCCGCCAGCAUUGCCAACUACACGCUGCCGCAUGCCGUGACCUCGGACUCGACCACGCCAACGCCCACGUCUGGCAUCUACCCAACCUUUACCGGUAUGCCUUCAGACUGCUCAGCCUACCACCUGGUUGCAGCAGAUGACACGUGCUCUUGGGUCGCUAUGAAGUAUGGCAUCUCGCUUCAACAAUUUUAUGCCUGGAACCCUUCUAUUGAUUAUGGUUGUGGAAAUCUCUACUUGGGCUACUAUGUCUGCGUUGAUGUGCCGGGAGCAGUCCAUACGUCCACCUACAAUGCCGCUACCAAGCCGGGCUCACAGCGGCCUACAGAGACGCGGUCUGUGUAA